GCCAGGGGGUGAGAGGGCAGAGGGGGUUAGAGGUUGCGAGACGGUUGGGAGAGCACAGGAGCUUUGACCGUUUCUCUGUGCUCUUUAUCCGUAGGGAUCGGUAGCUGCGGGGACAGCCCGGGGACUGGUGUAUGGCCACGGAGUUACGGUGUCCGGACUCCAUGCUCUGUCACAAUCAGCAAGUAAACUCUUCCUCGACCCAAAACCCCGAGCCGCAGCAACCUGGAGACCUGAUCCCGGCCCACGCUGGGGGAAACAGCGACUCCGCGGCCAAGCUGACUCUCCUCAGCGGGCACGCCAAUUCUAGCGUACCGGCUGAGCGGGACUCUCAGGCCUCCGGCGGCGCCACCCUCAGCUCAGAAAACAACGGUGGCACUGGCAACUAUGACGCUCCAGCCAGCGAUUCCCUCCUAGGGGACUGCGAAAUCUCCCGGCAGAUCGGGGCGCAGCUUAAGCUCCUGCCAAUGAAUGAUCAGAUCCGGGAGCUGCAGACUAUCAUCCGGGACAAGACAGCCAGUAGAGGGGACUUCAUGUUUUCUGCGGAUCGUUUGAUCAGACUUGUUGUGGAAGAGGGAUUGAAUCAGCUACCAUAUAAAGAAUGCAUGGUGACCACUCCAACAGGGUACAAAUAUGAAGGAGUGAAAUUUGAAAAGGGAAAUUGUGGGGUCAGCAUAAUGAGAAGCGGUGAGGCAAUGGAACAAGGUUUACGAGACUGCUGUCGAUCCAUACGAAUUGGAAAGAUCCUGAUUCAGAGUGAUGAGGAGACACAAAGAGCCAAAGUAUAUUAUGCCAAGUUCCCCCCAGACAUUUACAGAAGAAAAGUCCUUCUGAUGUAUCCAAUUCUCAGUACUGGAAAUACUGUAAUUGAAGCUGUAAAGGUUCUCAUAGAACAUGGAGUUCAACCUAGUGUCAUUAUCCUACUCAGUCUGUUCUCCACUCCUCAUGGUGCCAAAUCAAUCAUUCAGGAGUUUCCAGAGAUCACAAUUUUAACUACUGAAGUUCAUCCUGUUGCACCUACACAUUUCGGACAGAAAUACUUUGGAACAGACUAAGUUAUUGGAGGAAAAUUAUUCUUCUGUGAAAUAUUGCAGUUAUGUUUUGAGUUUCUACCUGUUUGGCUAUUUCACUUAAGGAAUGACAUAGAAAAUUGUGUUAAAGAUACUUUGUAAUGUUUGGAAGUAGGUAUAGUAAAAAGGAAAUACUUGAGUUUUUUUUUUUUUUUAGUUAUUUCUUAACUGUUGGUACCAAAUUCAACAAUGAAGCACAUACAACUCUGAAAAUAUUUUAAUAAUGCCCUUAUACAAAUUGCUGAUCCCUCAGUGCAUUGAAACUUUUCCCUAAUUUAUGAAUCUCAGUUUAGAGGUUGCUUGCAGCCACAAAUAAAACCCAAAUGGAAGUCAGUUCAUUGGUCCACUAUAGUUUGCAUUUUGUUUAGUUUGCUUUUAGUUCUAGGGAGAUUUCAUGCAUGUGGCUGUUGUCACCUUCCCCUACUCUUUACUUUGCGGUACUAUACAUGUUGGUAACUUGGAGAGAAUGAAAAAAGAAUACCUCCUAGAAUUUUACGUUUCCACUAAUAUCCUCACUCAAUUGGCACUCAGUUGGCACUCUUCAGUCAAGCCAUUAUGUUCUUCAUGGCUCGUUUCCUACCCUGUGCAUUGUUGGUAGGUGCCUUGUCAGUGUAAUGCAGUGAAGAGGACCGUGGGGCAUUUCCAGCACUGGAACUGUGACAUUAAUUUACUUAGUUUGAACCAGGGAUAUCUGGAUGCUGACAAAGGAGGGCUAAAUAGUGUUAAUGGUAUUGAUGCACUAGAAAUAAAUUAGUUGGUGUUGGUUUUUCUGAGAUAUGGGAGGAAAGAUGGUUUCUUGCUGAGUUUAUGGCCAAUAAGUAAAUUAAAAUGCUUCAUUUUUCACUUGGAUGUUUCUACUAAAAGUCUUUGAUUUGGAGCUUAGUUAUGUUGCAUGUUUGUCAAUUAUAGUUAUAUUAAAAUGGGAAAAAUACUUUGAUAUAAAAAAACCCUAAGAUUUAUAUGUGUUCAUAUUUAGGCUUCUGAAAAGAAGAGAAAUCAUCUUAGAAAUCGAUGUUCACAUUCUGAAAAUUGCUUGUAAAACCCUGAUCUCAUUUUACAUUGAUAUUAAAACAUUUUAACAGUG